GGGGUAAAAUGGCGGCGGCGCGGGGGCUGCUGGCGGCCGGGCUGUUCCGCGGGCGGGUGGCCAUCGUCACCGGCGGCGGCACCGGUAUCGGCAAGGCCAUCGCCGCCGACUUGCUGGCGCUAGGUUGCAGUGUUGUUAUUGCCUCUCGUAAAUUUGAGCGAUUAGAAGCUGCUGCAGAAGAACUGAAUAAUACGUUUUCUUCCAUGAGUCCUGCCAAAGUGACUCCCAUAAAGUGCAAUAUCCGCAAAGAAGAUGAGGUAGAAGCUUUGGUGAGGUCUACACUGAGUCUGCAUGGGAAGAUUGACUUCCUGGUGAAUAACGGAGGGGGCCAGUUCGCAAGUCCUUCUGAAGCCAUCCGUGCUAAAGGCUGGAAUGCUGUGAUAGACACAAACCUGACAGGGACCUUCUACUGCUGCAAAGCAGUGUACAAUGCCUGGAUGCAGGAACAUGGAGGAGUCAUUGUCAACAUUACUGCUGCCGUGAGAAAUGGGUUUCCUGGAAUGUCGCAUACAGGAGCUGCAAGAGCUGCAGUGAAUAACCUAACCAAGACUUUAGCUUUAGAAUGGGCCCACAGUGGAGUAAGAAUCAACAGUGUUGCUCCUGGAUUGGUAUUUUCAGAAACUGCUGUUGCAAACUAUGGAGAACAAGGUACAAUGAUGUGGUUGAAAAGCAUACCAAAGAUUCCUGCCAAGAGGUCAGCGGUUCCUGAGGAGAUCUCACCUGCAGUGUGUUUCCUACUGUCUCCAGCUGCUUCUUACAUUACUGGGAUAACCAUGGUUGUGGAUGGUGGCCAAAGUUUAUAUAGCCACACCCUAGAAAUACCUGAUCAUGACAAAUGGCCCUCACCACCAGAAGGAAAAAAUUCUGAAAUGCUUAAAAAGCUUCUUUCUGGCAAGUUCAAGCCGAAGUUGUAAAAGAAUGAAAUUUUACUUUAUUCCCAGUUGCACUCUUGCUGACAAUCUUAUUUUGUGAUUUGAGCUUAUUAUUCUCAGUAAUAUAAUUUUCCUUGCUCAUACAUAACUAUUGAGUGCCUUGAUUUUCAUUGGUUUAUAUUUAAAACUUGAAAGGCUGUACAAUAGCAAUUUCUUCUCUGAAAACACUCACUGCCCUGAAAAGAUUCAGUGUCUUGGGAAGGGAAGGUAUAAAAUACAAAUUCUCCAUUUGCACAGGCAUUAAGUAAUGAUGAAUCCUGUUCAGAAGUGUAUAAAGAAAUACUUAUUUUGACAUGAAGUAGGCAGAGAUGGAAUGUUUUGGAAGCCACCUAUUCAGGAUGAAUUUGAGGAGAAGGUAAUUUAAAUCUCUGUUGUUACUAGUUGCAUCAGUAACCCUUGAGGUAGCUGUUAGCUCUACGCCAUUUGUGUUCAAUAAUGAUUUUAAAGACCGAGUAGGCAUUUUUCUGAAAAGAAUUAAAAAUAAGGCAGAGUACUGUUACUAGUGUUUCAAACUAAUACAAUAUAUCAUAUUGGGAAUGUUUUGAAUUGUUUGCAGAUAUAAUGACAUGAUGGAGAUAAGCUGGCUGCAACUUAAAUUUGAUAAUAGAAUCAUCAGAUAAUAAGCUUUAACAUACAGUGAUGGAAAACAGUAUAGAUUCGGUAAUUUAGCUUGCAAAAUUUUGAAGCAGAAGCUGUGGUGUAUAUUGCAGUGCUUUCUGCAGUGUGCAAUACUGUUAAAGGAGAAAUUUGGAAUCCUUCAUUGACCAGUUAAAUGCUUUCUAUCCAUACUGUGUUGUCUUACAAUGUUAGCACAAUUUUGUUCAUCAGUAUCUCUAAAACAGGUGUGAUUUUUGUGAUCAAUGCAGAAACUCUAUUUUAAAAAAUUGAGAUCUUGUAAUAUAUUGCUUGAAGAGGGUAUAUUUGUCAUUUCUCACUUUUUAAAUUCACUAUAAGGCAAGUGUUCCAGUGUCUCAUAACUUUAAUCAAAAUAUAAAAAAUAAGUGAUGACUCUGUUUUCUGUAAGAAGUGAAAUUUGUGGAAUCAAGUUGCUGCUAUAGAAAUGACCUCUUUAAUACUUUGUUUUGAAUUGAAUGUAAGAGUAUCUGCCAGUUGUUUGUUCUCUGCAAAGAUGUUUGACUUUUGUGUCUUUCAUUAAAAUAUGGGAACUUA